UAUGCACGUAUACUUACAGUAGUCGUAAAAUUUGUAAGUUGUCAAAAUUUUAGCAAGUUUUCAACAGAUUUUGUUAAAUUUCCAAGCUGAUAUGAUAUUUUUCUUUUGAAUAAGAUCUUUGCAAGGAAGUUUCUAUUGAAAUGCAACAUGUGUCUUACUUUUUGAUCAAUAAUGAUGAUGAAUGAAGAAGAAUGAUUUACUUUGCCAUAGUAAGUCGCAGUACAGAUGGACUGGCGCUUGCAGCCAACUCAGAUAGUCCACAGAUGUCGGCACAUCCCGGGCUGGAGGAUGCGUACAGAAAAAUGAAGUUGUUGUCUCGGAUAUCUGCAAAGUUUCCAGAUAGAUGCACUUUGCCUUGUGAUUCAUACACUGUCCAUUUCAUCACAGCCCUAGACCUUUCCCUGCUUGUGCUGUGUGAUAUUACAUACCCUCAGGUUCUGGCUUUUUCAUUCCUGACUGAUCUACAGAAGGAAUUUCUACAGUUCUUUGAUAAAACAAGAGUGAUGUCUGUACAGCGACCUUAUGCACUUAUAGAUUUUGAUGUGCCUUUACAGAAACUAAAACACAAGUAUAACAAUCCACGGUCACUUAGUACACGUGUAAAUUUACAAGAUUUGAGCCAGGAGUUACGCCUAAGACCUCCAUAUGUUCUCUGUGAGGAGGAACUAAGGCCAGGAUAUGGACAGAAAUCUGCAACAGACCGAUAUAAAACUACCACAGCAUCUUCAUACACCCAGUUUUUGCCACUUCAUAUGAUAGGAGUAAUCUCUCUUACCCUUAGUUGUUUUUGUGCUGUCCUCAACUUCUCACGAGGUGUACAUGUUAUAAAUGAAACUCAUAGCCAUAUUGAUGCAACAUUUGACUUGGAACAUUACCAAACUGGUGCUACAUUUUUUGUCUGUUGUUUCCUGUCAUUAUACCAGGCUUACUUGAUAUGUUACCCAUUAAAGCGGCGGAAACCUUUAGCGUGUGCAACAUUAGGAAGUCUGUGUAUAUGCCAGCUAUAUCUGUGGGAACAUAGGAGUGUAUUCGGUCUGAUUUUUCAUGUAACUGUUGCAUGUUACGGAACAUUUGUGAUAAUGACACGGCAGGUCCGAAACAAACUGCCACAGUAUACAUUGUGAUAUAGUACUAGUAAUAGAGGAAAGAGAUUCGACAUUAAUGAUAGAGAGCUUGUGAUUUGCUACUUCUACUUGUAAGCCUACAUGUAGUAAAUCUGUAUAAAAUUCUGCAGCCAAGUGGUUAAGGUCACUGAUUCCAGAUCACUUACCAUCACUGACGUAGGUUUGAAACCUUUGUAUGGGUGUAGAUUUCUUCAUGUGAGGAAGCCAUCCAGCUGGCUUGUGUGGAAUUUUUUAUUUGAGGAAACCAUCCAGCUGACUUCUGGAAGGUCAAUUUUGCUCGGGGAGCCUGCUUAUGCCUGAAAAAAAUGCCUGGGGCAGCACCUGGGGUUUUCAUCCACCGUCAAAAGCUGGAAAAGUUGCCAUAUGACUUAAAUUAUAUUGGUGUAACUCUAAAUCUAAAGAUAUAUGUUUAAAACCUAUAAGUUAAGUUAUACAUGUUUGUAUAAAAGUAUAAAAACUUGCACUGUUCUGAAUUUUGACGUCCUGUAGACGGAUCGCGGGGUCAAGAGUUCGAUCGCGGGGCGGGGCGUAUGUUCGCAGUGACGAUUUGAAAAAAGAUAUGUGUCUGACAUCAUUCGUCCUCCACCUCUGGUAAUUCCUGUGGGGAAGUUGGCAGUUACUUGCAGAUAACAGGUUUGUACUGGUACAGAAACCAGGAACGCUGGUUAAGUUAACUGCCCACCGUUACAUGAUUAAAAUACUGUUGAAAAGGGGUGUUAAACCCAAAACAAACAAAUUGGAUGCUUACAGAAAUACAGAAUGAAGCAUGCACGCCUUAUCGUACAAGUAUGAAAUCGCAACUUCAGUAAUUUUAUACAUUUUUAAUGCAAAAACAUUGUGAUAUAAGAUGGGAAGUGCAAGAAAGUGAUCAUUUUACCAAUAUUUUUGUUUGCAGAUAGAUUGUGUAGUCAGGUCAGAGUUGUCUUGCUAUAGAUUUUUUUCUGUUACUGGUCAAGAAGUUACUUUCAGGUAUCAUAUGGGACUUUGUUUCCCCCCAUUCAGUAUAACAUAGCUUUCAAGCAAUGUCUUAAUUCAUGGGACGAUGUCCCAUAUGCAUUUCUUUCACUGUGUGCUAUGUCUAGAAAGACCACAACUACGCUAAAACCGCAUAUGCUGUAUUAUCUCAAUACUAAACUACAAACAUUGUAUCAAAAUUACCCUGUAGCAGCAUUUAAUCCCAUUGAUUUAUUUAAGAAAUAUAUCUCAGUUAGUGACCUGUCGCUGAAUAAAUCAUUGUUUGGAGUUCAGAUGCGAAGGAAUUAUAUCAGGAGGGCGCAGCCCGAGUGAUAUAAUAAUACGCAUCUGAACGACAUACAAUGAUUUUAUUCAAGAGCAAAUCACUAAAUGAGAUAUAUUAUUUCGUUUCUAACACGUUACCAAGGAUUUUAAAGUGCAUCCUUGACGGCAUUCAUUAAAUAUUUGCCUGUUUUCAAUCGUGUUUUUUUCCAGCGCGCCGCUAUGCCGUUUGACACUAUGACCUAAUAAUUGUGAUGUCAGAGCAGUGAAUUGUUGAAUAAUAAUUCACUAGUUUUCAGCCUUCUUUGUUUAAUAGGAAAAUGAAUCAGAUCAUGUUAGAAUCUGUAUUAAUUUUUUCUUCUUUUGAUUUUUGACUAUUUAUCAACUUUUAAAUGGCUUUAUGCUAUUGAGAUCAUUAUUAUCUGGAAUAAUAUCGUAGAUGUUCGCUGAUAACUGGAAUGUCUUUUUGUCUUAAAUAUGAUGUUACUCUUGAUAUUGGUGUAUAUGUAAAGUAUAUCAGUAUUAUUUAUGGCUUUUUCUUGAGGACAUGAAUUUGUAAAUUUUAUCUUUCAAAGAGAAAAAAUGAAUGGGAAUUUUGAUUUCCCUUUAGAUUUAAUUUCAUCCAUAUAUAUAAGCAACCAGAAAAUCCACAAAAAUUAUCCCCUGCAAAUAUAAAUAAUUUUACAGUGGCUUGGAAUAAUGGUUCUUAUAUCAGGAGUAGUCUCUUAAUCACUCUCUAUUAACUUUUAAAAAGAAAAUUAUUUAUGAUUUCUGUAAUUUUGAAUGUUUCUAACAGCAAGAUUAAAGGGGGGAAAAAACAGCAUUAUAUUAUUUGUAUCGAGCAUGUAACCAAAUUUGUACAGAAAUGUGUGAUUUUGUUCAUAAAUUAAUGCCUGUUUAACAAUGAUUCAGUGAUGAAUGUUAUUUCAAAGUUUUAUGCCCCCCGCAUCUACUGAUGGGGAGGCAUAUAGUGAUUGUCCUGUCCGUCCGUCCGUUCGUUCGUCCAUCCGUACGAGGUUAACCAAAUGGGACCGUUUCGUCUAGCAUCAGUACCCCUUACUAGAAUGACUUGAUACUGAUGCAGAUGUAACCUGUGACCAUUCCUCAUCUUCAAACAUCACCUGACCUCAGUUUGACCAUGACCUCUUUUUGGACUUUGGUUGCUUUAUAUGGGCCAUCUCUUGGUUAACCAAAUGGGACCGUUUCGUCUAGCAUCAAUACCCCUUACUAGAAUGACUUGAUACUAAUGCAGAUGUAACCUGUAACCAUUCCUCAUCUUCAGACAUCACCUGACAUCAGUUUGACCUUGACCUCGUUUUGGACUUAGGUUGCUUUGUAUCGCAUGGAUGCCACCGGGGGCAUCAAGCGUUUAUUGAAUGCAGCUUCUUGUUAAUAUGUUGUUUUGUGACCAUGUUUAGUUUUAACUGCAUAUUAAGGAGUUUUUUAAAUCACAAAUGAUGAGAUAUUUUUAUGUUUUAUCUAAAGAAUUUUGUAAUAGAUGUUCUUUUAUGCCCCGCUAUAUAAUGGGGGUGGGCGCAUAUAGUGUUACCCCUGUGCGAGUGUGUGUUUGGGAAAGGGUGGUGUUCAUGUCCAGGCCAUAACUCUGAAAUGCAUGGUUUCAUUUCAGAAUGAUUUGAAACAAAUGAUAAGUAUGGAUAGACAAUUUGUCAUGCACAACAACCAUUUCACUAGCUCAAAGGCCAAGGUCACAAUCCUUGGUUGAACUUAGCCAAUUUUCACUACAUACCCGGUAUACAGAUUACUAAAUUUUCUGAUUUUCCUACAAUAUUUCUUUUUUUGUAAAUAAAUAGGACCAAGGGUCCUUCUUUUAGUUUGUGAGUAGUACCAUGCCUGUGACCUUUCUCAUGUUGUGGGGGCAUUUGUGUCUGUGACACAUUUUUUGUCUUUCUUUAUAUGAAAUGAAAAUGUUUUUAGCUCACUUUGCACAAAGUGACAAGGUGAGCUUUUGUGAUCGCGCGGUGUCCGUCGUCCAUCCGUGCGUCUGUAAACUUUUGCUUGUGACCACUCUAGAGGUCACAUUUUUCAUGAGAUCUUUAUGAAAAUGGGUCAGAAUGUUCAUCUUGAUGAUAUCUAGGUCAAGUUCAAAACUGGGUCACAUGCAAUCAAAAACUAAGUCAGUAGGUAUAAAAAUAGAAAAACCUUGUGACCUCUCUAGAGGCCAUAUAUUUCACAGGAUCUUCAUGAAAAUUGGUCAGAAUGUUUACCUUGAUGAUAUCUAGGUCAAGUUCGAAACUGGGUCACAUGCCAUCAAAAACUAGGUCAGUAGGUCUAAAAAUAGAAAAACCUUGUGACCUCUCUAGAGGCCAUAUAUUUCAAAAGAUCUUCAUGAAAAUUGGUCAGAAUGUUCACCUUGAUGAUAUCUAGGUCAAGUUCAAAACUGGGUCACGUGUCUUCAAAAAGUAGGUCAGUAGGUCAAAUAAUAGAAAAACCUUGUGACCUCUCUAAAGGCUAUAUUUUUCAUGGGAUCUGUAUGAAAGUUGGUCUGAAUGUUCAUCUUGAUGAUAUAUCUAGGUCAGGUUCGAAACUGGGUCACGUGCGAUCAAAAACUAGGUCAGUAGAUCUAAAAAUAGAAAAACCUUGUGACCUCUCUAGAGGCCAUAUAUUUCAUGAGAUCUUCAUGAAAAUUGGUCAGAAUGUUCACCUUGAUGAUAUCUAGGUCAGGUUCGAAAGUGGGUCACUUGCCAUCAAAAACUAGGUCAGUAGGUCAAGUAAUAGAAAAACCUUUGUGUCCUCUCUAGAGGCCAUAUUUUUUCAUUGGAUCUGUAUGAAAGUUGGUCUGAAUGUUCAUCUUGAUGAUAUCUAGGUCAAGUUCGAAACUGGGUCACUUGCCUUCUAAACUAGGUCAGUAGGUCAAAUAAUAGAAAAACCUUGUGACCUCUCUAAAGGUCAUAUUUUUCAUGGGAUCUGUAAGAAAAUUGGUCUGAAUGUUCAUCUUGAUGAUAUCUAGGUCAAGAUCGAAAAAGGGUCAUGUGUUGUCGAAACUAGGUCAGUAGGUCAAAUAAUAGAAAAACCUUGUGACCUCUCUAGAGGCCAUAUUUUUCAUGGGAUCUGUAUGAAAGUUGGUCUGAAUGUUCAUCUUGAUGAUAUCUAGGUCAAGUUCGAAAGUAAGUCACGUGCCGUCAAAAACUAGGUCAGUCGGUCAAAUAAUAGAAAAACCUUGUGACCUCUCUAAAGGCCAUAUUUUUCAUGGGAUCUGUAUGAAAAUUGGUCUGAAUGUUCAUCUUGAUGAUAUCUAGGUCAAGUUCGAAACAGGGUCACAUGCCAUAAAAAAUAGGUCAAUAGGUCAGAUAAUAGAAAAAUUUUGUGACCUCUCUAGAGACCAUAUUUUUCAAUUGAUCUUCAUGAAAAUUGGUCAGAAUUUUUAUCUUGAUAAUAUCUAGGUCAAGUUCAAAACUGGGUCACAUGAGCUCAAAAACUAGGUCACUAUGUCAAAUAAUAGAAAAAACGACGUCAUACUCAAAACUGGGUCAUGUUGGAAGAGGUGAGCGAUUCAGGACCAUCAUGGUCCUCUUGUUCUAAUUUUAUCACUUGUUUACAACGAAUAAGACUUGUUACAGUGAUUCCAGCCUUUUGCAUGAUUAUACCAGCAUGUGCAUUAUUUAACAGAUCUGUUAUAUCUUGAAAUGUUUGGUUCAAUACUGUACAUUUACUAAAUAACAGUUGUGUUACUUCAGUGAUUAUUAGCAUGACAAAACCUGGGUAGCUUCAAGUGUCAGUAUAGGCCUAGGAGUGUUUGUGAUCAUGUAAUGAACACCAUUGCUGUUAAAUCAGGCCUGUGAUUUUUCAGGUCCUGAUUUCUGGCUUUUGACUGUCAGAAUUUUACAGCCUUUUUGUAGAAUAUAUAACAAAUCUUAACAGCUUUUUUUUAUAAAAAACAAAUCAUUAAAGUCUUUUUUAUAGAAUUCAUGAAAUAUAAUAACAGCCUUUUUACAUAAUACAUUAAAAAUAAUUACAGCCUUUUUACAUAAUACAUUAAAAAAAUAACAGCCUUUUUACAUAAUACAUUAAAAAUAAUAACAGCCUUUUUAUAAAAUACAUGAAAAGUAGAAUUAGCCUUUUGUUGAGAACAUGAAAAAAACAGCAACAACGUUCUUAAAAUCUCACUGCCUUGACAGGAGAAUUUGGACAAGGAUUUAAUAUGUAUUUAUUUCAGCUUUUGCUGCAUCUAGAGUUGAUGCAGAAGUGUUAUCUAGUCAGAUGUUUUCAUUUAGUUAGGCAUAUUAUAUUUUAGUUAGGCACUUUUAGUCAGCUGUCAUAGAUUUGCCUUUUGUUUUUUCUUCACAAAAUAUGAAUUUGAGGGGGUGAGGAUCUAAUCUGGUCCAGAAGUAAAGUGUUGUAGACAUGUACAACAUGGUUUAAGCAAACAAAUGUUAGAAUUUAUGGUUCAUUACCAUUGGCUUAUCUUGGCCUAAAGUGCUUGCCAAUCACCCUAUGAUAGAUAUUUUCGUCAUUCAGACAAAGAGGUUAUUGUAUGUACUCAGUCAAACAAAGACUGCUAUUAUGUUGCUUGCUUGGAUUUUGUGCUUCCAAGGGACUUUUUUUUUACAGAUUUUAUUUCUAUGUAUGUGCAAAUGAGUUUUAAUUGGAACAUGUUUGUUUUUUCUUAAAUCAAGACAGCUGUUUUCGUGUAACCAAGAUCGUUAUAUUGUAUGUUAUAAGGAAACGAAAUGUUCUUUUGUAGUUAAAAGAGAAUCUGUAGCUUGUAAAUUUGAAUAAGAUACUAAAUCAAGAA